AUGGAACACAACAACCAUGAGCACGCAGAGGUCUCCGGUCCAGAUGCGGAAACUGUACACUCCUCAUCGGUGACAGCAACCUCUUCUGAAUUGAGCCUCGAUGGCCGGUGGGGAGAGCGGGAUCAAGGGGAGCCUGUUUCGCGCCGUGGCGCCAUGGAGGAUUUUGAGGAGAUGAGGAGGGAACUGACCCAACUGAGUCUGAGACGAACGCGGUCGGUGGGAAAGGAUGCCCAUCGAUUGCGGUCCCGGGCCUCCGGGCGAGCCAGUCAAGUUCGCGAUGAAGAGAAGGCGAUCGACGAGGAGGAUUCGACGAUUGACGGUGACGGUGACGGUGACGGUUACCAGGGUGGGUUCGACCUCGGCGAGUUCCUGAUGGGUGGUCAUCUGGAACGGAGAACGACCACAGGAGAGCCGGCGAAGAAGGUCGGUGUCCAUUUCAAAAAUCUCACGGUGAAAGGUGUCGAGACCGGAGCGUCCUUUGUGCGGACUUUGCCGGAUGCUGUUGUUGGCACAUUUGGCCCGGAUCUGUACAGAAUCGUCUGUAGCUUCAUCCCACAAUUGCGCUUUGGGAAACAGCCUCCGGUGCGAGAACUGCUGCAUGAUUUCACCGGUCUAGUCCGAGAAGGCGAGAUGAUGCUGGUUCUGGGCAGGCCUGGCGCUGGUUGCUCUACCUUCCUGAAAACGAUUGCAAACGACCGGGGUGCCUUUGCCGGUGUGGAGGGUGAGGUCCGGUAUGGCGGUCUCUCUGCCGAAGAGCAACUGAAGCACUUCCGUGGCGAGGUCAACUACAACCCGGAAGACGACCAGCACUUCCCGAGCCUGACCGUGUGGCAGACCUUGAAGUUUUCUUUGAUCAACAAGACCAAAAAGCACGACAAGGCCAGCAUUCCCAUCAUCAUUGACGCUCUCUUGAAGAUGUUCGGCAUUAUGCACACUAAGAAUACGCUUGUGGGUAAUGAGUAUGUCCGUGGUGUGUCCGGAGGCGAGAGGAAGCGUGUCAGUAUCGCCGAAACCCUGGCGACCAAGUCGUCGGUUGUUUGCUGGGAUAACUCCACCAGAGGUUUAGACGCCAGUACGGCUUUGGAUUAUGCCAAGUCUCUCCGGAUCAUGACCGACGUCAGCAAACGUACUACAUUUGUGACCCUCUACCAAGCCGGAGAGAGUAUCUACGAACUCAUGGACAAGGUCCUGGUCAUUGAUUCCGGACGCAUGCUCUAUCAGGGCCCUGCGAACAAGGCGCGCGAGUACUUUGUGAACCUCGGCUUCUACUGCCCAGAGAAAUCGACAACUGCUGAUUUUCUUACUUCAAUCUGCGACCCUAACGCCCGUCAAUUCCAGCCCGGCCGAGAGGCUUCUACCCCCAAGACCCCUGAGGAGCUUGAGGCCGUCUUCAGAAAUAGUGAGACUUACAAGACUAUCUGCGACGAGGUGGCUAGCUAUGAGAAGAAGCUUCAGGAUACGGAUCAGGAGGAUACCCGCCUCUUCCAGAAGACCGUUGCCCAAUCCAAAAGUAAGACGGUGUCGAAAAGGUCCAGCUACACGGUUUCGUUUGUUCGUCAGGUCCUGGCUUGCGUGCAGCGUGAGUUUUGGCUCCUGUGGGGUGACAAGACAUCCCUCUAUACCAAGUACUUUAUCAUCAUUUCCAAUGCCCUGAUCGUCUCUUCUCUGUUCUACGGCGAGUCCCUCGACACCAGUGGUGCAUUCUCCCGUGGAGGUGCGCUCUUCUUCUCGAUUCUGUUCCUCGGUUGGUUGCAAUUGACGGAGUUGAUGCCCGCCGUUACCGGACGAGGCAUUGUUGCCCGUCACAAGGAGUACGCGUUCUACCGACCAUCUGCCGUGUCGAUUGCUCGAGUGGUGAUGGAUUUCCCUGCUAUCUUCUGCAUGGUCGUCCCGUUUACGAUCAUCAUGUAUUUCAUGACAGGGCUCGACGUGACCGCUUCGAAAUUCUUCAUCUACUUCUUGUUCGUCUACACCACUACAUUCUCCAUCACUUCGUUGUACCGCAUGUUCGCUGCGCUCUCACCCACUAUCGAUGACGCCGUUCGCUUCAGUGGCAUUGCUCUGAACAUACUUAUCGUCUUCGUUGGUUACGUCAUUCCCAAGCAGGGUUUGAUCGACGGCUCGAUCUGGUUUGGGUGGCUCUUUUACGUGAACCCUCUCUCGUACAGUUAUGAGGCCGUCUUGACGAAUGAGUUUUCCGAUCGUAUCAUGGACUGUGCGCCGUCACAGCUGGUACCCCAGGGUCCCGGUGUCGAUCCCAGAUAUCAGGGCUGUGCUCUUCCCGGGUCUGAGCUGGGUCGCAGAGGCGUCUCGGGUAGCCGGUACCUGGAGGAGUCCUUCCAGUUCACUCGCAGCCAUCUCUGGCGCAACUUUGGUGUCGUCGUCGCUUUCACUGUGCUGUAUCUCACAGUCACGGUGCUUGCCGCUGAGUUCCUUUCCUUCGUCGGCGGUGGUGGCGGUGCUCUUGUCUUUAAACGAUCGAAACGUGCCAAGAAACUGGCCACCCAGACGACCCAGGGCAAUGAUGAGGAAAAGGUUCAGGACGCUGGCGACAAGGCUGCGCUGUCGCGCGGAGAGGCGACGUCCGCGAGCAAUGGCGAAACCUUCAAACGCAUCUCUUCCAGCGACAGAAUCUUCACCUGGUCGAACGUCGAAUACACGGUACCUUAUGGCAACGGAACCAGAAAGCUCCUGAAUGGUGUCAAUGGAUACGCAAAGCCUGGAGUCAUGAUCGCUCUGAUGGGUGCUUCAGGUGCCGGUAAGACGACACUCCUUAACACCUUGGCCCAGCGUCAGAAGAUGGGUGUGGUGACUGGCGAUAUGCUUGUCGACGGUCGUCCUCUGGGCGCCGAUUUCCAACGGGGCACUGGCUUCUGUGAACAAAUGGAUCUUCACGACAACACAUCUACCAUCCGCGAAGCUCUGGAGUUUUCGGCCCUGCUCCGUCAGGACAGGAACACUCCCAAACAGGAGAAGCUCGACUACGUCGACCAGAUCAUCGAUCUGUUGGAGUUGAAUGAUAUCCAAGACGCCAUCAUCGGUUCUCUCAACGUGGAGCAGAAGAAGCGGGUGACAAUCGGUGUUGAGCUUGCAGCCAAGCCCAGUCUACUCCUGUUUCUGGAUGAACCUACGUCUGGUUUAGACAGUCAAGCGGCGUUUUCGAUUGUCCGAUUCCUGAAGAAACUCUCCCAGGCCGGACAGGCCAUUCUUUGCACCAUCCACCAACCCUCGUCCAUGUUGAUCCAGCAGUUCGAUAUGAUUCUCGCCCUGAACCCCGGUGGUAACACCUUCUAUUUCGGUCCAGUUGGCCACGAGGGUCGCGACGUGAUCAAGUAUUUCGCAGAUCGUGGCGUCGUCUGCCCUCCGUCGAAGAACGUGGCUGAAUUCAUCCUCGAGACGGCCGCCAAGGCAACAACGACAAAGGACGGCAAGAAGAUCGACUGGAACGAAGAAUGGAGGAACUCGGAGCAGAACCAGCGGGUCCUGGACGAAAUUCAGCAGAUCCGCGAAGAGCGUAGCAAGAUUCCCAUAACCGAGACAGGAAGCCCCUACGAAUUCGCCGCGCCCACGAUGACGCAGACUCUACUUCUCACGGAACGUAUCUUCAAACAGUACUGGCGCGACCCGUCGUACUACUAUGGAAAGUUGUUCGUCAGCGUCAUCAUCGGUAUCUUCAACGGGUUCACCUUCUGGAUGCUCGGCAACUCGAUCGCCAACAUGCAGGACCGCAUGUUCUCCAUCUUCCUGAUCAUCAUGAUCCCCCCCGUCGUCCUCAACAGCAUCGUGCCUAAGUUCUACAUCAACCGCGCCCUCUGGGAGGCCCGCGAGUACCCCAGCCGUAUCUACGGCUGGUUCGCCUUCUGCACCGCCAACAUCGUCUGCGAGAUCCCCAUGGCCAUCGUCUCGAGCCUCAUCUACUGGCUGCUCUGGUACUACCCCGUCGGCUUCCCCACAGACUCCAGCACCGCAGGCUACGUCUUCCUCAUGUCGAUGCUCUUCUUCCUCUUCAUGUCCAGCUGGGGCCAAUGGAUUUGCGCCUUUGCGCCGUCGUUCACCGUCAUCUCCAACGUCCUCCCCUUCUUCUUCGUCAUGUGCAACCUCUUCAACGGCAUCGUCCGUCCCUACCGCGACUACCCCGUCUUCUGGAAAUACUGGAUGUACUACGUCAACCCGGUCACCUGGUGGCUCCGCGGCGUCAUCUCCUCCAUCUUCCCCACCACCUGCGCCAACUACGCAGGCAACUUCAUCGCAAACGUCGCCAAGAACGGGUACCUGCUCAACCCCGACGCCAGCGCAGACUGCCAGUACUGCCCGUACAGCAACGGCGCAGAGUACAUGGCCACGCUGAACGUGCACGACGGCGACAAGUGGCGCUGUUUCGGGAUCUUCUUGGCCUUUGUGAUUAUUAAUUGGCUGUUGGUCUAUUUCUUUAUCUAUACAGUGCGUGUGAGGGGCUGGUCGUUUGGUAUGGGGAGGAAGUCGGAGAAGGCAUGA